AUGGACGUGUCCGGGAACCUGAGCUCCUUCUCCCUCUCCAGCCCCUCCCCUCUGGAGACCAACCGCAGCGCCGGCACCGAAGACCCGCGCCCCAACCCGCCCCUCCCCUCCGUCUUCGGAGCGCUUGUUCUGACCUUGCUGGGCUUUCUGGUGGCAGCGACCUUCGCCUGGAACCUGCUGGUGCUGGCGACCAUUCUCCGCGUGCGCACCUUCCACCGAGUUCCGCACAACCUGGUGGCGUCCAUGGCCAUCUCCGACAUGCUGGUGGCCGCGCUGGUCAUGCCGCUGAGCCUGGUGCAUGAGCUGUCCGGGCGCCGCUGGCAGCUGGGCCGGCGGCUGUGCCAGUUGUGGAUCGCGUGCGACGUGCUCUGCUGCACGGCCAGCAUCUGGAAUGUGACGGCCAUCGCGCUGGACCGCUACUGGUCCAUCACCCGCCACCUGGAAUACACGCUGCGGGCCCGCAGGCGCGUCUCCAACGUGAUGAUCGCGCUCACCUGGGCGCUGUCCGCGGUCAUCUCCCUGGCGCCGCUGCCCUUCGGCUGGGGGGAGACCUACUCCGAGGGCCGCGAGGUGUGCCAGGUGAGCCGCGAGCCCUCCUACACCGUGUUCUCCACCGUGGGCGCCUUCUACCUGCCGCUCUGCGUGGUGCUCUUCGUGUACUGGAGGAUCUACAAGGCCGCCAGGCUCCGCGUGGGCGCCAGGAAGACCAACAGCGUCUCUCCGGCGCCGGAGCCCGUGCAGGUGAAGGCCUCUGCUCAGCAGCCCCAGAUGGUGUUCACCGUCCGCCACGCCACUGUUACGUUCCAGACGGAAGGGGACAGCUGGAGGGAACAGAAAGAGCAGAGGGCCGCGCUGAUGGUGGGCAUCCUCAUCGGGGUGUUCGUGCUCUGCUGGACCCCCUUCUUCGCCACGGAGCUCGCCAGCCCGCUCUGCGCCUGCGACGUCCCCGCCGUCUGGAAGAGCCUCUUCCUUUGGCUCGGCUACUCCAAUUCCUUCUUUAACCCGCUGAUCUACACGGCCUUCAACAAGAACUACAACAGCGCCUUCAAGAGCUUCUUUUCCCGGCAGCGCUGA